AUGUCUUCGCUGCAGACGCCGUCACCGUUGAAGCAGACCAAGACGGAGACGACUACGCCCGCAAGCAGCAUCAACCCUCAUACUCAACCACCAGCCUCCAGCAAUGAACAGUCCGCAAAGCGGAGGAAGUUGACACAGCAAGAGAAAGACGAGCAGGUCAAGGAGAAAGAGGCCAAGGUCAGGGCACGCGCUGAGAAGAAAGCCCAGAAGGAAGCAGAGGACAGAUUGAAGGCAGACCAGAAGGCACAGCGGGACGAGGAGAAGCGCAAGAAAAACGAGGAGAAAGAAGAGAAGAAGCGGGCUAGGGAGCUUAAGCAGCAGCAAGAGGAGGAAGAGAAAAAGAAGAAGGAGCGGUCUCAAAUGAGGUUGAACGCAUUCUUCUCCAAGCCCAAGGGUGGUGCAGAGCCCACGGGUAAUACCAUGGUAGAGCCAGUCCAGAUACCCUACACUGGCCAAAUAUCUUUAUCUACGGACACUGUCGAGACUGUUGCUAACGCAGCGCCCCCCUCGCCACAGAAGGCAAUAGUUCAGAAUGCCCAGUCGGACUACGAACGCGUCUUCCUUCCGUUCUCUCUCCCACCCACGGGCAUCCUUGCGCCAUUGAACGCGUUUCACACCACACCGGAGAAUCUAGCCGCAGCCCAAGCACGCUUAGACAACAUCGUGACAAACAAGGAUGUCGAUAUGGAGCCCAUCACAGUCGAAACUCUUCGCUCCGUCUUUCCCAAGCGUCGCCGCGGACUUCAGACGGAAACAAUGGCUGAAAUUGUCGAACGCAUCAACGGUUCAGCCGACAAUCCGAUCGACCUGACAGAAGAUCCCAGCGCGAGGCCGCUCGACCUGCUGAAGCCGGUCUCGAUGAAAUAUUUGCACUUCGGCGAGGAUGUCCGGCCACCCUACUACGGCACUUACACGAAACGUCACGACCCAGGUCAGGAACGCAAGGUGGCGCGCAACCCUACUAUCCGAGGCCUUGCCGACUUGAAUUACGACUACGAUUCCGAAGCUGAGUGGGAAGAACCAGGUGAGGGCGAAGAUCUUGAUUCCGAAGGUGAAGAUGAUCUUGAAGAGGACGGUGAGGAGGACCUGGAUGGCUUCCUUGACGAUGAGGACGAUCCAGAGGUCAAGCGUAGGCUACUCAAUGGCGACCAAGAGCCCGUUAGCACCGGUCUCUGUUGGGAAGACACGAGCGGCGUGUCGCGGUUGAACGACGGGUCUGGCGCGAUAUCUACUGAGUUCAAGGAGUUCAAAUUGGGCUUCCUACUACAAACUCAAGCGCCUAUCGAUCCAUUCUCGGACUCUUACUGGACACCCGAAAUCCCCGUCGCUCGAGCAUCUAUGGCAGCAGUCAUCAAGGGGGAGCAGCCCAUCAGGUCGAUGAACCCACCUCGUCUUCCCCUCGGCACCCGCCCUGUUAACGGUCUCAUAAACACUCUCAACGGGCCACAAAAGGCGUCUCCCGCAUUCGAUACGAAGACCGGAAAGCCCAAACGAAUGAUCGACGCCAACCUCCUCCCUGCGUUCAAGGCAGAAGUGGCGGGCUCAGAUCUCACCAAGAUCGGUAUGAUCGAAGCUUUGAAGAAGAAAUUUCCCAAGGUGCCCAAGGACGCUAUCACCAAUACACUCACGGACGUUGCCCAACGUAUCGGCCCGUCAGCGGCGGAAAAGCGGUGGGUGUUGUUCAGCUAG